GAGAUGGAUACUACUUUGGAUGCCUUAUCAUCUACAACUAUUCUUUAUGAUGAUGAGGACGGGAACGAGACAUCUACUAACCUUUUUGAGCAACCUGACUGGCAAGUGGCACUGUGGGCAAUUGCCUAUUCUCUAAUUGUAAUCGUUUCGAUCAUAGGCAAUGUCACCGUCAUAUGGAUCAUUUUGGCACACAAACGAAUGAGGACGGUAACCAACUACUUUAUUGUCAACCUGGCUUUUUCGGACGCUUCAAUGGCAACAUUCAACACUGUUUUCAAUUUUGUCUAUGCUUUGCAUAACGACUGGUAUUUUGGUUUAGGAUACUGUAAAUUUCAGAACUUCUUUCCCAUUACAGCCAUGUUUUCAAGUAUUUAUUCCAUGGCGGCUAUUGCUGUCGACAGAUAUAUGGCCAUUAUCCAUCCUUUAAAGCCCAGACUUUCCUCCACUACGACGAAAGUGAUGAUAGGGACCAUCUGGGCCGUGGCCUUUUCUCUAGCCUUCCCCCAGUGCUUCUACUCCAGUACCAAAUUCUACCCACCCCGCACCGUCUGCAUGGUGGAGUGGCCCGACGACUACGGGGGGAAACAUCACCUCUCGUACCAGAUAGCGGUAAUCAUCCUGAUCUACAUGCUCCCCCUGCUGGUGAUGCUGGUGACCUACAGCUUGGUAGGUCAGAGACUGUGGGGUAGUGAGAUCCCCGGGGAGGCGUCAGACCACUAUCAGAACCAGAUCCAGGCCAAACGUAAGGUGGUAAAGAUGAUGAUCGUGGUGGUGGUGACCUUUGCCAUUUGCUGGCUGCCUUAUCACAUCUACUUCAUCCUGGGCAGUUUCAACAAGGACAUAUAUAAACAGCAUUACAUUCAGCAGGUCUACCUGGCCAUUUUCUGGCUAGCAAUGAGCUCCACUAUGUACAACCCCAUCAUCUACUGCUGUCUCAACCAACGGUUCCGCUCAGGUUUCCGACGAGCCUUUCGCUGGUGCCCCUUCAUCAAGGUCUCAGAGAAAGAGAUGGAGCUGCAGCACAUGAGAACUUUCCGGACCACUCGCAGUUACCGCACGGAGACCACCAGCAUGGUGCUGCGGAACCAGGGCAGCGAGAGGGAGGACACCACAUCCAAGUUGAUCUCGGCUUAG